AUGACAUUUGCGGAGGCUCCGGCGCAUACCGAGGAAGAUCAAGAGGGGAAAAUCAGAGGGGAAACCCGGGAGGAAACCCUGGGGGAGAAACAGGACGAUGCCUCCAAAACCCUCAAAUACCACCUGCUUGGGCCUUCGCUGACAAAGGCGGGCCAAGACAAGGUCGACCAAAGCAAGGCUCAGGUUUCGGAGAUCAUAUACAAUGCGUCCAAGGGUUCCAAGUUCUUUAACCGCGAGGAAGAACGAGACAAGAUUCUCACGCAGAAAAUCGAACAGAUCCUAGCGCGCAAGAAGAAGCUGGAACAGCAAGAUCUUACACGGGAUCUACGAAAUGCCGACCGUCUUCUCGCGGAGCUCGAACUUUCCAGAGACCUCACCCAGCACAUCGUGCACCUCGACUGCGAUGCCUUUUUUGCGGCAGUAGAGCAGCUUGACCGACCGGAUCUCAAAGAUGUCCCUUUUGCUGUUGGCGGCGGCGUUCUCACCACGUGCAACUACGCUGCGCGCCAAUUUGGCUGCCGCUCAGGCAUGGCUGGCUUCGUGGCCAAGAAGCUCUGCCCACAGCUCGUCCUCAUCAAGCCCAAUUUCCACAAGUACGGCGCAAAGGCCGAGGAAGUGAGGGCGGUGCUUGCAAACUACGAUCCGCGAUUCGAAAGCGCCAGCAUUGACGAGGCAUAUCUCAACAUUACGGAAUACUGCGACCAGCAUGACAUUGAUCCGGCAGCAGUGGUGGAGCAGAUGAGAAUCGAGGUUCAUGAAAAGACCAACAUUACAGUCUCAGCUGGCAUUGCUGCCAACGCCAGGCUCGCCAAGAUUUGCUCAAACAUCAACAAGCCGAACGGACAAUAUGUCCUGCCCAGGGAUAGAAGCGCCAUCAUGGCGUUUAUGCGGGACCUGCCUACGAGAAAAGUCAACGGAGUCGGCCGGGUCCUCGAGCGCGAACUCUUGGAGAUUGGCGUCAAGACGUGCGGGGACAUUUAUGAGCAGCGGCAGUACCUGCACCGGCUUUUCGGGGACAAGACAUCCGAGUUCCUCUUUCGCUGCUAUCUCGGCCUCGGUCGCACGAAGAUACAGCCCGCAGAAGAAUACGAGCGCAAGAGUGUCGGGACGGAGAGCACAUUCCACGACAUGUCGGACCCUGUGCAGCUGAGGAACAAGCUUCGCUCGACGGCUGAGGCUCUGGAACAGGACAUGAGACGAAGCGAGUGCAAAGGCCGGACGCUCUGCAUAAAGAUCAAGCUCCAUACGUUUGAGGUCUUUACCCGGCAAGUCAUCUUGCCAAAGUCAAUCUAUCUCGCCGAAGACCUGUACAACUAUUCGCUGCCGAUGCUUGCCAAGUUGGAGCAUGAGAUGCCAGGCAUGAAGCUGCGGCUCAUGGGGCUCCGCUGCACAAAUCUGGUCAGUACCAAGAAGCCCGAUACCAUGGCGUUCUUUGGGUUCAGACCUCGUCGACAGGACUCGGGAGAGUCGAGUGAAAGUGGAGUCGUCAAGAGGAAGGCGAGCACGCCGUUGGAAAGAGAAGAAGAAUGGGAGACAUUCGACGGAGAUGAUGAGGACUUGAUGGCCAAGAUGGACGCAUACCUGGGCGACGUAUCCCCCGCGCACGACGAAGAGGAGGAAAACAACGGGACACCAAAUCACCGAAGACACGGAAAGGAGAUUUUGCCCAACCCGCGUCCCGACGGUGAGGCUUCGCCACAAGAGGACUGGUGGGAUUGCCCGAUAUGCUUGCGCCCCCAGGCAGCAAACGAGCGGCAAUUCAACGAGCACAUUGACCUGUGUCUGUCUCGACAGACUAUUCGAGAUGCCCUCGUCCAGGCAGACGACCCGAAAGACGCGAGGCCCGUCCCAUCGCCAGAGGCGAAUAAGCGUCCGAAGCUGUCGACGGAGAAGAAGCGGGGCCGGCCGCCCUCUACGGAUCCAAAGCAGAAGAAGCUAUCGUUUUGGUAA